CCCCUCGGCGGCGCCAUGGAGACGGCGGACGGCGGCCGCCGCGGGACACAAAGGGCGGCGCGGCGGCGGCGGGCAGCGCGGCGGGGCCCUAUGGCGGCGGCGGCGGCGACGGCGGCAGGGCCCGGCCCGGGAGGUGGUAGUGGUGGUGGUGGUGGCAGUGGUGGUGGUGGCGGCGGCGGGGCUCCGCGGUACAGCCUGCUGGCCGAGAUCGGCCGCGGGGCCUACGGCGUGGUGUACGAGGCGGUGUCGGGCCGCAGCGGCGCCCGGUUGGCGGUGAAACGGAUCCGUUGCGACGCCCCCGAGAACGUGGAGCUGGCGCUGGCGGAGUUCUGGGCCCUGACGAGCCUCCGGCGGCAGCACCCCAACGUGGUGCGCUUCGAGGAGUGCGUCCUGCAGCGGCACGGCCUGGGGCAGCGCAUGAGCCACGGCAACAAGCGCAGCCAGCUCUACCUGCGCCUCGUCGAGACCUCCCUCAAAGGUGAGAGGAUCCUGGGCUACGCGGAGGAGCCUUGCUACUUGUGGUUCGUCAUGGAGUUCUGCGAAGGGGGAGAUCUCAACCAGUACGUGCUCUCACGAAGACCCGACCCAGCGACAAACAAGAGCUUCAUGCUGCAGCUGACCAGCGCCAUUGCCUUCCUGCACAAGAACCAUAUUGUCCACCGGGACCUGAAACCAGACAACAUCCUGAUAACCGAGAAGUCUGGCACGCCUGUUCUCAAGGUGGCCGACUUUGGGCUGAGUAAGGUCUGCGCUGGCCUGACUGCUCGGGGCAAGGAGGGUGGGCAUGAGAACAAAAAUGUGAAUGUGAACAAGUACUGGCUGUCUUCGGCUUGCGGCUCCGAUUUCUACAUGGCGCCUGAGGUUUGGGAGGGACACUACACUGCCAAGGCUGACAUCUUUGCCCUCGGCAUCAUCAUCUGGGCCAUGAUUGAGAGGAUAACUUUCAUCGACGCGGAGACCAAGAAGGAGCUGCUGGGGACCUACAUCAAGCAGGGGACCGAGAUUGUGCCCGUUGGGGAAGCGCUGCUAGAAAACCCAAAGAUGGAGCUGCACAUCCCUCAGAAACGCAGGACUUCCAUGUCUGAGGGGAUCAAGCAGCUCUUGAAAGACAUGUUGGCUGCUAACCCGCAGGAUCGACCCGAUGCCUUUGAGCUUGAAACCAGAAUGGACCAGGUUACAUGUGCUGCUUAAAUUCAGGGCAGGGCACUGCUGUGCUUUGCAGCUGGGUUUAUUUACCAGGGACCCAUAAUCUCCAUUAUUUACGUGCAACGAGGGAAGUCAAAGAUAAGGGAAGACGAUGAUACAGAAGAUCCCUGGUCUGCAGGAUCUCCGGCAAUGUGAAAUCUUUGGGUGUUACUUUGUUUUAUUGGGAA